CUCCGGGACUUGGCGUGGCUGCUCCUGCCGGGGGCGUGGCCAGGCGACAGACGAGUCACUGGAGGGCGUGGUCUUGGCGGCAGCCCCGCCCCCGGCGUCCUCGAGGCGGGCGGGGGACGGAGCGGGGAGCGGUGGCUGAGGUGUCCAGUCGGUUGGAGGUAGCUGGUGUGUCGGUUGGGGUGAUGGCGUGCCCCGGGCCUGUGACGGGCUGCGCGACGCGGCGGCCGCUGCACUCGGCCCGGGCUCCGGACGUGGCCUCGGCCUCCAACUUCCGCGCCUUCGAACUGCUGCACCUGCACCUGACGCUGCGGGUGGAGUUCGGGCCGCCGGGCCCGGGCCCGGGCAGCCGCGGCCUGAGCGGCACGGCGGCGCUGGAGCUGCGCUGCCUGGGGCCCGAGGGCGCCUCCGAGCUGCACCUCGACUCGCACCCGUGCCUCGAGGUGACGGCGGCGGCGCUGCGGCGGGAGCGGCCCGGCUCCGGGGAGCCGCCCGAGGAGCCCGUGCCCUUCCACACGCGCCCCUUUGCCCACUACGGCCAGGCGCUGAGCGUGGCCUUCCCGCAGCCGUGCCACCCCGGGGAGCGCUUCCAGCUGCUGCUCACGUACCGCGUGGGCGAGGGGCCCGGGGUUUGCUGGCUGACUCCAGAGCAGACAGCAGGGAAGAAGAAGCCCUUCGUCUAUACCCAGGGUCAGGCCGUCCUCAACCGAGCCUUCUUCCCCUGCUUUGACACUCCUGCAGUGAAAAGCAAGUAUUCUGCCCUCAUUGAGGUGCCAGAUGGCUUCACAGCAGUGAUGAGUGCUACCACAUGGGAAAAACAAGGCCCGAAUAAGUUCUUCUUCCAAAUGUGUCAGCCUAUUCCCUCCUACCUGGUAGCUUUGGCUGUUGGAGAUCUGGUUUCUGCUGAAGUUGGACCCAGGAGUCGUGUGUGGGCUGAGCCCUGCUUGAUUGAAGCUGCCAAGGAAGAGUACGAUGGUGUGAUAGAAGAAUUUCUGGCAACAGGAGAAAAACUUUUUGGACCCUAUGUUUGGGGAAGAUAUGACUUGCUCUUCAUGCCACCAUCUUUUCCCUUUGGGGGCAUGGAGAACCCCUGCCUGACUUUUGUUACUCCAUGUCUGUUGGCUGGGGACCGUUCCUUGGCAGAUGUUAUCAUCCAUGAGAUCUCUCACAGCUGGUUUGGAAAUCUGGUCACCAAUGCCAACUGGGGCGAGUUCUGGCUGAAUGAAGGUUUCACUAUGUAUGCGCAGAGGAGAAUCUCCACUAUCCUCUUUGGUCCUGCUUACACCUGCCUAGAAGCUGCCACGGGGAGGGCACUCCUUCGGCAACACAUGGACAUCACUGGAGAGGACCACCCGCUGAACAAACUCCGAGUGAAGAUUGAGCCAGGUGUUGAUCCUGAUGAUACCUACAAUGAAACCCCAUAUGAGAAAGGGUUCUGCUUUGUCUCUUACCUGGCCCACCUGGUGGGAGACCAGGACAAGUUUGACAACUUCCUUAAGGCCUAUGUCAAUGAAUUUAAAUUCCAGAGCAUCUUGGCUGAUGAUUUUCUGGAAUUCUACUUGGAAUAUUUCCCUGAGCUGAAGAAGAAGAGAGUAGAUUCUAUACCAGGCUUUGAAUUUGAUAGAUGGCUGAACACACCAGGAUGGCCCCCUUACCUACCUGACCUCUCCCCUGGUGACUCACUUAUGAAGCCUGCUGAGGAGCUGGCCCAGCUUUGGGCUGCUGAGAAGCUAGACCUGGGCGCAAUUGCUGCUGUGGAUAUCUCUACCUGGAAGACCUACCAGCUGGUCUACUUCCUGGAUAAGAUCCUACAGAAUUCACCUCUACCUCCUGGGAAUGUGAAAGAAAUGGGAGAGACAUACCCCAAGAUCUCAAAUGCCCGAAAUGCAGAGCUGCGCUUACGCUGGAGCCAAAUCGUUAUCAAAAAUGAUCACCAAGCAGAUUUCAAGAAAGUACAGGAGUUCCUGCAGAGUCAGGGAAAACAGAAGUAUACCCUCCCGCUGUACCAUGCUAUGAUGAGUGGCAGUGAGGCAGCCCACUUCCUAGCCAAAGAGACAUUUUCUACCACCGCCCCCCAGCUCCACAGCAAUGUUGUCAAUUAUGUCCAGCAGAUCAUGGAAUCUAAGAAGAGUUAGAGCCCCGAGCUGGGCUCCUUACCUCCUUUAGGUGUCGUGGAUCUUCAGAAUAGCAGUCUGUCCCUACCCUCCAUUUCCCCCAGCAGCUGAGGUUUCAUAUCCUGGACUCUGCUCUGCAUGGGGACCUUCCCUAAAAGCUGGAUUCUGGACCAGAAGUCUCCCCACAGUUUUCAGCGGGUCAGUAGACCCUUGGUGUUGGCUGGGGGAGAAGGCAUUUCAAUUCUACCUUCAUUUGGCAUAGGAAGAAGAAGAGAAUGUUGUUGCUGACUCUUCUGAUGCUGUGCAAAGGACUGGCAGCUUGAUUCUUUUUCAGGUUCAAUAUUUUAAAUAAAAUUUUUAGAUGAAAAAUAUGGAAGCUA